AUGGGCAUCGCGGGUUUAAUGCUCGUUACUGUUGUAGCCUUGUUAGCCGGAGCACUUGCUCAAGAACAUACUACUCAAGCGUACUCGGUGAAAAGAACUUCCAUUGUCUCCAAGUCUCACAUCAGCAUAGCGACGGAAAGACAGUUAAGAUCCUUCCAAACAUCGACUUUACGUGAAGAUGGCGAGGACAGAGUCAAUGUACCCUGGUUAUCAAAGGUCGACGAUCUGAUACAAUCUAUGUUCAAGUCCAGUUUGUCACCUGAUAAAGUGCAAAUCGGAACGUGGGUGCAGUCCAAGGUGCACCCUAAAGACCUGUUUAGCACCUUACGUCUUGGAGAGAGCGCAGCCAAGCUUGACGACAAUCCGAAUCUUCUUCAAUGGUUCAGAUUCGUAGCGCCUUACCAAACUAAACAUGGCGAGAAGGCGAUUUUGAAUUUGGAUGUCUACUACCUGUUACUAGAGACUCACAGCAACCAGGAACUGAUGACACUACUGAAAUCUCUAAAGAAAACUCCAGGGCUGAGUAAGUUUGCGUCGAAUAUCCAGGAGUCACUAUCUGGAGCGUGGGUGUCCAAAACACUACUGAAAGAAACAAGUUCAAAGACAGCCUUCGAAGUGCUACGCCUAAAAGAAGCUGGCUCGAAGUUGGAUGACACGCCCGUUUUCCACCAAUGGUUGAAGUACGUGGAGGCGUACAGAGCGAAGAGAGGGACGGUUAUGUUCGGAGACAUUGAUAUGUUCUCGUUAUUGCAAAAGACAAUGCCGGAACGUGAAUUGACAACCCUUUUCUAUUCACUUCGGAAGGUCCCGAACAUGAAGAAUAACGCUGAAACCAUGCAGAGAUUUAUGUUGUAG